UGAUGAUCGACGCCAGCCUGCCACCACUCUGUAGCAGUGAGUGGCUGCAACAAAAAGCACAGAAUAACAUCGCGGCUUUUUCUCCUCCGCUUUCCCCCCUGCGUCUCUCUCUCUUCCUUUGCUGCCCUGAGCUCGGCACACAAUCGCACAUCAGCCUUGCUGCACUGGCGUCGUAAGCGGGGUCUCCGACUACCAUCAACAAGUUAGGGGGCUGAAGGACCCCCAACCAUGCAAGAGGACCGCUUGAUCUUCAAUUAACCAAUUGAGCUGACAUCAUUGCGGACGAAAGGAAGAGGGAGCAAAAAAAGGAGGGGGGGUGUGUAAGGAGAUGUAUGCCGGGGUUGCUUUGGAUGCAAAUCAACAACUUCAAAAAUUAAGGAUUCCUGGGAGGUAGAGAUGAUUGUCCUUUCUAAAUCUGGGAUUUAAAAAAUCAGGACGGAAUAAAAGCCGACAAAACAGGAGGAGGAAGGAGAGGAGUAGGUGAAAAAAAGAAGAGGAGGGGAAAAAAAAAAAACAUCCCGGGACAUGGAAUUUGUGAUUUUGUUUCAAUUGAUGAGGCUCAACAGCGAUUCUUUCUUUCAGAAGAGCUCGAUUCCUUUUGUGUUUACUCAAAAGGGCUUUUUCUCUUCGGAUUCAAAUUCCAUCUGGCUGCUCCAAGAGUCUGCGGAAAAGGAGAGUUGAAUGCAGCCCCCGAUGUGCACAAAAGAAUGGGUUUCCAUUCAAGGUGGCCAUUGGUGGGACAAGCACCAGCGGCACUUUGUGUGAUGAGCAUGCUUCUGUGCCUGCCUCCCACGUCAUGCACAACCUGCCCUCAAAAAUGCCGCUGUGAGGACCUGCAGUUCUACUGCGACACGCAAGGGCUUCUGACGCCCCCAGAUGGCAUCGAUCGAGGGGCCCUGGGGCUCUCGCUCCGACACAACAGCAUCGCCGAGCUCAGCCCCGACCAGUUCUUCGGCUUCACCCAGCUCACCUGGCUCCAUCUGGACCACAACCAAAUAACCACUGUGCAGGAGGAUGCUUUCCAGGGGCUCUACAAGCUGAAGGAUCUCAACCUGAGCUCCAACCGGAUCACCAAGCUGCCCAACACAACCUUCAUCCACCUCAUCAACCUGCAAAUUCUGGACCUAUCUUUCAACCAGAUGACUGUUCUGGAGCCUGAGCUCUUCCACGGGCUACGUAAGCUGCAGAUCCUCCACCUGCGCUCCAACUCUCUGCGGACCACGCCUGUUCGGGCCUUCUGGGACUGCCGGAGCCUGGAGUAUCUCGGACUCAGCAACAACCGGCUCCGGAGCCUGGCCCGGAACGGCUUUGCCGGGCUCAUUAAGCUCAGAGAGCUGCACUUGGAACAUAACCACCUGACCAAGAUCAACCUGGCGCACUUCCCACGCCUGGUCGCCCUGCAGUUCCUCUACCUGCAGUGGAACAAGAUUAACAAUUUGACAUGCACCAUGGAGUGGACCUGGACCACCCUGGAGAAACUGGAUCUUACCGGGAACGAGAUCCGCCUUCUCACACCCGAGGUGUUCGAGACGCUGCCCAACCUGAAGAUAUUACUACUGGAUAACAACAAACUGUCCAGCAUGGACACGCAAACCCUGGAUAUGUGGAAGUCCCUGGGCACCAUUGGAUUGUCUAGCAACCUUUGGGAAUGUACCAAAAGGAUCUGCAACUUGGCCAGUUGGCUCAGUACCUUUAAGGGCAGAUGGGAACACUCCAUUUUGUGCCAUAGCCCAGAAUACGCACAGGGGGAGGAAAUACUGGAUGCCGUCUAUGGAUUUCAGCUUUGUCAGAAUUUCUCAGCACCAGUUAUUCAGUCCAGCACCCCCACGGAGGCCAUGUUUCCCCAGGAGGUCACUAGCCCGUUGUAUGGAAAUAUGCAGACCCCAACGUUGGACUACUAUGCAGAGGAUUUGGGGAGUUUUACCAUGGUCACCACGACCGUCACCACCUCCACCACCCAGACCCCAAGCACCGCUCUGUCGACCACCACCAUGGUGCCAGGGCCCGCGGUCACCGAUGACUUCAUUGAUGACAUUGACAACACGGUCCUGACACAGAGAGUCAUCAUUGGAACUAUGGCCCUGUUAUUUUCCUUCUUCCUCAUAAUUUUUGUAGUGUACGUCUCGCGGAAGUGCUGCCCUCCAACACUGCGCCGGAUCCGUCACUGCUCCGCCAUGCAGAACCGGAGACAGCUGAGGACGCAGCAGCGGCAGCCAAUGGCGGACCUGGCGACCCAGGUCCCCUACAACGAGUACGAGCCGAGCCACGAGGAAGGGGCUCUCGUCAUCAUCAACGGUUACGGGCAGUGCAAGUGUCAGCAGCUGCCUUACAAAGAGUGUGAAGUAUGAACUCUUUAUUUAUUCCUGCAGUCAAUGGGUUUUUGCCAUUCUCAACCAUUUAAAAAAAAAAAAAAAAAAAAAAGAUACAGGGUUUGUUUUAUGGAUUUUUAUUUGACCAGUUUCUAUAUAUAAAAAAGAAAAAACAUGCAUAGUUUGUUUCUACUGGCUAGCUUUUGAAAGAGGAGAAGGGGUGGGGAGGGUAGAGUCUUUGAGUUGCUGGAGUGACUGGAGGUGGAUUUGUGGUGAGUGAUAAGAUGUGAUGUAAAGAAUUUUCACACUUUUAUUUUUGUAACGAGAAUGCAAGGUCCUUAUUGAGCUGGGGCAAUCAAUCUCCACCGAGGAUGGUUAAAUGGGUGAAUUGACACUGCAUUAUCAUCAAACUCUUCUGCAGCACAGUGGAGAAAGAGAAAGAGAGAGAGAGAGAGAGAAAAGAGGAGAAAAAAACAUAGCCAAAUCGCCUAGAAACCAGGGGUUCGGAUAUCUGUUGCAGAAGUAACAUAUUCUUGGGAAGAUCCUUGGUGAAAAUUUAAUUUCCAAGAAGAAAAAAACAAACGAAAAAAAAGAGUGCUGUUGUGCUGUUAUGUUGAAUAGAAGUACAAAUUUGAUAAAUGCAAAAGGGUUUUUAUGACACACAAGUAGAUGACACUUAUGAGAUUCACUCACGUGAUCACUUUUGGGAAAGUUCAGAUUGGAUAGUGAUUAAGUGACGUUUUUUUAAAUUCACCUUUUUACAAAUUAUUUAAAAAGAGAUACUGUUAUUAAUUACAUACCAUGUGCAUACUGAGAACCCAGUGUUGAACAAUUAAGCUGGCAAUUUAAUCCUUACAAAGUUAUCUGUAUUUGUUGAGGAGAAAACGUAGCCUAAUAACCUCCUUGUUUCUGGAUUUGAUUUCAUUAAAUAAACUCAAUCCCCUCCUGCAAAAUCUAAAAGCUUAGCACUGUGUGUUCAAAGGUUAAUGCCCAAUAUGCCUCUGCAUAAGCUCUGCCAAAAUGUCUGGAUAGCUCCCUCAACUGUGACUUCAGCAGGGAUAUAUUAAGUGUUCUGUGGAUAUUCAUUUCCUCUUAUGAUUAUGCAUUAUGUACAAUGAAGUGAUUUGGUCUUCAUUUUCCUUUGUGCCAUCCACGACAUCUUCACUGUGAUAAUGCACUGCGGCUAAACUCAUUUCGGCAUAAAUUACUGAUGGCAAUCGUUAAAAUCUGACCGAGACAGAUGAAACACCACACAAAACAACUAUCCAGCCAACAGUCUACAGUCAGGGGAGGAGUGAGAGGACAAACGGACGGCAAGGGAGCAAGGGAGAGGGAAGGGUCGACAGAGGGGGUGCACAGAGAAUAUUACGCCCCCGAAAAUAAAUUCAUUGCGAGCUUCAUGCCAUACUGCUUUAAUGCGGAGGACUGUAAUUGCACCUGACAACUUCAAGAUUGAGCCAAUUAGGGCCAGGCAGAAAGAAUCUAAUGUUCUGUCACCCAGCCCACUGCUCUGGCAAGAUUUAGCUUGCUUGGCCAUUGAAGAGUCACUCUCGCACAGCAAGCCAUCCUUUCCAACUCCACCCACAAAACCCAUCAGAAAUUUGAGGGGGUAUUUUUUUUCUCCUGAAGGCAACAAAAGAGAA